AUGCCAAAUACUGUGCAGCAACCCAAAUCCGCGACGACAGUGUUUCUGGAUCAACCGCCCAGUUGUCUAGAAUUCUGUCCGGACAUUCCAAACCACUUCGUUGUGGGCACCUAUCUUCUGUCCGAAACCAAGAGCGAAAGCGAAAUCCAACAAACCAAAAAAGGAAGCGUGCAGCUCUGGAAAUUAGAUCCCGCCACAAAUGACCUAUCCCUGGUGCAAAGAGUACCACUUCCAUACGCCGUCUUUGAUCUUCACUUCCACCCAAGGAACCGCAGCCAAUUCGCCAUUGCAAGUAGCACAGGAUGUGUCGCACUGUUUAAUGUGAACUCUGGCUUCGCAAAUGAUGCGUCAAGUCAACCAAAUAUCGAACAAAUAUGGACAAAGCAAGUCCACGAUGAUCCUUCGAUCCCAGCUCUUUUUCUCGCCUGGACUCCGCAGAACUGGUUUUCCAAUCCUUCUGCCGAUGGAUUUGCCGUGACCUUCUCAGAUAGCCGGACGUCAGUCUUUGGAACUGUCGAAGAUAUCACUGAAGAAGCUGGUCUUGACGAAUGGGGCUCGUUCGAAGCAAAGCAGAUGAUUGAGGUUUGGUUCGUUGCGCUCGCCGCAAUGACCCCGUCUUCUGGAGAAAACGAAGGAAAAGAAAAUAAUGUACCUUUCAUGUACACCGGUAAUGAUUUUGGCUCCCUGCAUACACGCAGAUUCGUCAGUCACGCAGAGAAAGAAGUCGACGAGGAGGAACCGCUUGCUCCACUACUUCUCGAGCACGAUGAUCGGGCCCGCCAUCACACUGCCGGUGUCACUGCCAUUUUGACACUGCCAGUUCCGCUAGUCGAUGAUGCUCCCAUUCUUCUGACUGGGAGUUAUGAUGAGAGUUUGCGAGUGUAUCAUGCGACGCGACGAGGUGAGGUUCUCGUGGAAGAAGGACUGGGUGGCGGUGUUUGGCGGCUGCAGCUUCUUAACUCAACAAAUGUUGCUGGGCUGAAUGGUAUCCAAGAGCAGCACUUCCUGGUUUUAGCAAGUUGCAUGCAUGGCGGGACAAGGGUUGUUCGGGUGACCCUGAAACAAGAGGAUCAAAACUCUGAGUGGAGUAUCCGGGUUCUGGCAGAGUUUACGGAGCAUGAGAGUAUGAAUUAUGCUAGCGAUGUGUGGAAGGGGUCACUUCCGGAGGCGUCGAGUGAGUCGCAAGGCCCGUCGGAACUGCUGUGCGUCUCAAGCAGUUUCUACGAUCGUCGUGUCUGUGUAUGGAAGGCCACAGUAUAA